AUGCCGCCCCUGCCCCAGGCGCUGAUGCCCGCCCAGCAGCGCCACCGCCAGUACGGCCAGAGCCGGGCGGAGCCCCGACCCCGGCUCCUCCCGGGGCCCGCGGAGGACACAGGCGGCGCGGCCGCUGCCGCCGCCUCCGCUGCGUCUUCCCCGGCCCGAGCUGCGCCGCUCGGCAGCGCGGCCGCCGGCCCCGAGCCGCCGCUGUCCCGUGUCAGGGAGCGAAGGCCUGGCGAUGGCCGGCGCGGGGCGCUUGAGGGGCGCUCGGGGGCCGGUGCUGGCCCCGGGCCGAGCGCUGACAGCCGCGUCCCGCCCGCAGGGAAGGCGCAGCGGGGCCUGAAGGAGCAGUACCGGCUGGGCUCGCUGCUGGGGCGCGGCGGCUUCGGCAGCGUCUUCGCGGCCACGCGGCUCUCGGACGGCGCCCCGGUGGCCAUCAAAAGGGUGCCACGGAACAGCGUGCAGCACUGGGGCGAGCUGGUGAGUGAGCGGGGCCAGCGGCAGAAGCCGGGCCGGCUUCCCCAGUUCUGGCACGGCAUCGGCCCCACUGACGGCAUCGUGCUCCUCCCGCAGCCUGACGGCACCAGCGCACCGCUGGAGAUCGUGCUGCUGGCCAAGGUGUCCACUGGCUUCUCCGGGGUCGUCCAGCUGCUGGAGUGGCGUGAGUUCCCCAACGACAUCGUGAUGGUGCUGGAGCGCCCGGAGCGGUGUCAGGACCUGCAUCAUUUCAUUCGGGCACGGGGCUUCCUGUCCGAGGAGGUGGCGCGGGAGCUGUUCCGCCAGGUGCUGGAGGCCGUGCGGCACUGCACCAGCUGCGGGGUCCUGCACCGCGACAUCAAACCAGCCAACAUCCUGGUUGACCUGGCCAGCGGGCAGGCCAAACUGAUUGACUUUGGCUGUGGCACCUACCUGCAAGACACAGCCUACAUUCACUUUGCAGGAACACGCUCCUACAGCCCCCCGGAAUGGACCCACUUUGGCUGGUACUACGGCAAGCCAGCUACCAUCUGGAGCCUGGGCAUCGUGCUGCACCAGAUGGUCUGCGGGGAGCACCCUUUCAGGAGGGGCCAGAAGAUCAGCUGGGACCAGCAGCUCUCGCUGCCACAACGGCUCUCUCCAGAGUGCCAAGAUCUGAUCAGGCGGUGUUUAUCCAUGCUGGACGUGGAAAGGCCCUCAUUAGAAGAGCUGUUGCGUCAUCCUUGGAUGCGGGAUAUUCAUCUGCCCUAG